CAAAAUGACCAGACUAUUGUUUAGCUUAUUUGUAACGGAAUGGGCCCGCGGGAAUUUUGGCACCGGUUUUACGCAGCAGACCACUUAGUUUAACCGACGUAGCUCGACUGAAGACAGAAUAGUGAGACUGCUAUGGACAAAGAAUGCGUCCACCUCUUCUAUUGAUGCUAUGAGAUAUACAAAUAUAUUAAUAAAAUAAAAUAAAAGACCUCUGUGGAAAGACCGUGCUGGUUCCCCCCGAGAAGCGGAGCCGAUAAUCAACGGUGGGAUUCAAGUUUGGACCUCAUCAAGUCCAAAAACGACCACCCCCUCCCCUAAAAAAAAGGACCAUCCUACAUAUUAAAGCAUCUUCACAGACUCGCAUAGCGAGUCUGUGAACAGGGGAGAGAGGGACACUGUCUGCCCCACUGUCCAGCGACACCAUGAGCUGGAGCUUCCUCACGCGGCUGCUGGAGGAGAUCCACAACCACUCCACCUUCGUGGGGAAGCUGUGGCUCACCGUGCUCAUCAUCUUCCGGAUCGUGCUCACGGCGGUCGGGGGAGAGUCCAUCUACUACGACGAGCAGAGCAAGUUCGUCUGCAACUCGGGCCAGCCGGGCUGCGAGAACGUCUGCUACGACGCCUUCGCGCCUCUCUCUCACGUUCGCUUUUGGGUCUUCCAGAUCAUCCUAGUGGCGAUGCCCUCUCUCAUGUACUUGGGCUAUGCCGUCAACAAGAUCGCGCGAGUCGAUGAAUCCAAAGGAGGGGCUGGCGCCGCCGCGGUUAGAACGGGGGGAGGAGGAGGCUACACGCACAGGAGGCCCAGGAAGAUCUGCUUCGGAGAGCGGCAGCACCGGGGCAUCGAGGAGACCGAGGAGGACCAAGAGGACGACCCCAUGAUCUACGAGGUGCCGGAGGUCGAGCCCCCGAAAAGGCCGCGGGAUCCGCUGCAACCCGCACCCAAACCCAAAACCCGGCACGAUGGCCGCAAACGUAUACGAGACGAGGGGCUGAUGCGGGUCUACGUUUUGCAGCUGGUGAUUCGCACGCUGCUCGAAGCCGGCUUCCUUGCAGGCCAGUAUUUGCUGUACGGGUUUCACGUGACGCCCGUGUUCGUGUGCGCGAGGCUCCCGUGUCCCCACAGCGUCGACUGCUUCGUGUCGCGGCCGACGGAGAAGACGAUCUUCCUGCGCAUCAUGUACGGCGUCACCGUCCUUUGCCUCGCGCUCAACAUCUGGGAGAUGCUCCACCUGGGGAUCGGUGCCGUUUGUGACAUUCUGCGCCGCCGCCGCCGCCCGCCCCGGGAGGACGAGCACCAGUUGGGAUUGCUGAGCGCCAACGGAGGCGUGGAGGGGUCGGUCGGCGGGACGGGGCCCGAGGCGAGCUCUGAGGGAGGGCUGGGGGAAGACGGGGCCGCGGACUACGUCGGGUACCCCUUCUCGUGGAACACGCCGUCGGCUCCGCCCGGCUACAACAUCGUGGUGAAGCCGGAGCAGAUGCCCUACACGGACCUGAGCAACGCCAAGAUGGCAUGCAAGCAGAACCGGGCCAACAUCGCCCAGGAGGAGCAGCAGCAGUUUGGCAGCAAUGAGGAGAACUUCCCCACCGGAGGGGAGGCCCGUGUGGCCCUGAACAAGGACUUGAUCCAGCAAGCUCACGAGCAACUGGAAGCGGCCAUCCAGGCCUACAGCCAGCAGCACCGGGCGGAGGAGCAGCUCGGGGACGACCAGGAGGACAAGCCCCAGAGUAACAUCAUCCAGCCUCAUCCGCAGCCUCAGCCUCAGAAAGAGCGCAAGCAUCGAUUCAAACACGGGAAAGGAGGCAACAGCGCAGGAGGAAGUAGCAGCAACAGCAGCAGCAGCAAAUCCGGAGAGGGUAAGCCCUCCGUGUGGAUUUAAACCCAGGAACAGGGACGUGUAUCGAAACCGGGAAUACAUUACAGACUGGAUGACGAGUUGUUGCAAACCACUGUGCCUUAAAUAAUCCUGCCAGCUGGUGAAGACGUGUUUGUGUAGCAAGGUGUGUAAAAACAGACGUGAUAACGCAGCUGACAAUUUGUUUUGUUCGGGCUUUCACUGUUUAACUUAAAAACAUCGCACCGACACAAUCUGAAGAGGCUACAGUCUGUUGUUUACAUGUCUCGUUCUCCUCGGCAGAUUAUUGACCUCUGUUGUCUUUGCGUUCGUCCUCUUCUUAGGGAUUUGAACUUUACUGAAAAUGACUGAAUGAUAAUGAGUUCCGUUGCAGAUCAGAUCGAUCCCAGAUUUCACUAAACUAAUUGUCUGGCCGCUCCUCCGCAAAAACACCAUCUCCUUUAAUACAUCGGCGUCCCAAUCCUUCGGACGUACAGCAUCAUAAUUCAGCAAGGCAAGCGGAUGCCAUGACACCAGUGUGUCAUGGCGAGCUGAAGCAAUGACGCCGUACUGUAAUGGCGUUAUCGAGGAACACCACUACAGUGCUCAUGCAACAAAAUGGCAGCGCCUCGAGCAAUGACUUUCUAACGCAGCGAGAGCAUCACCUUCCUGAAGGCUGCGUCCUGUCAGUCGUGCUCCGUGUCUGCUCUCUCUCCGGUGUAGAGUUCCCUGCGUUAUGUUGCCGUGACUUGACAUUUGACAGUGCGUUUGUAGUUUCCUGUGUUUUUUCGGCUAUUUUAUCCGGUGUGCAUCUGAAAUUUCCUGCGAAAAAACAGUGUUCUUUUUUGAACAAGGUGCAAAAGCAAUCCAGUUGUUAAGCGUUCCUCCUAAAGGUCUCAGUCUGUGCUCUGGCUCUUCAUGGCUAUUGAACAAGGUUACUCUGCACUCCACUGCCGUCUGCUCUGCCUUGGAGCUGACCGCCCCCUGGCGGUGUCUCCUUAGGAAAAGGGGGCGUCCUCUAUUGGGGAGUAGAUACCAGAGGAAAAGGCUUCCUGCAUCCAGCAACAUCGUAACCAGCUUUAGAGUUACUUUUCUAUUGACGGGCCUUGUGUCAAGAGACUUGCGUCAGUCGAGUCUUCUCAGCGCUACGGUUCCAGUGUCAGAUGUACAAGACUGCAAUAUGUCCACGUUGUAAUGGAAAAGGUUUGAAGCCAUUACUAUAAUACCGUGAGACUAAACAAUGUUUGUGUGAUGCAAGUGUCAGUUGCCAAGUGUUCAUGCGAGGCUGCCCUGAAGUCUGGUUGUUUGUGGCCAUGCUUCUCCAACUGUGGACGAAUACCCACGUGAGACCAACCCUUUUGUAAAAGGCACGUGAUUUUGUAUUACAGUAAGUGUUUUGCUUUUUGGAACAGGAUUUUCAAUUCCAAACUGGAGUUGAUUUUUAUGUUUGAGCCAAGUGUUAAAUAUGGAAACACAAUUUGACUUUUUUCAAGAAUUCCUUUUUUUUGUGUAAAAUAAAGAAAAAGAAAGCUUUUUUUAUAUUUAAUUUGGUGUAUGGAUAUGUACGUGUAUUGUGUUUUACAUUGCCUUCCAAUUGUAAAAAAAAAUUGAAAUAUGACAUCGUAUAUUUUUGUAAUAUGUCGGCUACAGUGACUUAUUGAUGUAAUGAAAAAAAGCCAGACUGUUCCUUGUAUGUUAAAGUGUCAGUAUCUAAUGUAUGUCGCAAACCUCUGGGCUAUGUCUUUCUCUUUUUUAAGUGUUACUCCUUUUCCAACAUUGUUCUGAGAUCUGCUGAACAGCCAUGUGCAUGGACACAAACAAAAGAAUAUGAAGUGCCAAAUUAUUCAAACCAUUCCAAGCUUUGCCCAACAGCGGAUUUCCGAACAAGCAUGAUGGCGUUUUGAAGCGGAGCGAAUCUGAAAACCAGGACAUUGUAUUCUUGAUUUCAUAAAGUGCAGGAAACUGAACUUACUGGACCAACACUCACGUGAAGCUGUGAGGCUGGACUCUGUGAGGAUACGACAGGAUGCUCGAGGAGAAAGCGUCUUUCCGAUUGGUCCGUUCACCACUUGGCUCCACAUGCCUGCAGCAGACAGUCAUACAUCACAAGAAGUGCUUCAGUCAGCUGCUCCCCAGAGCAGCGGUCGCCUCCGUCUCCAGUGCUGACGCCUCUCCCUCCCCAUAAGCCACGGGGUCACUCAGAGUUCCCCAGUCGGGGACAGUGUCCUCCCCUGGAGGCCAAUCAGCCCUCAUUUCAUUCUUACGCAGUGAACAACGUUCCUCAACUAAAGUAUUGACUGCAUUGUGUUGAAGAGAAGGACACAAACUGAAGUACAAUGGAUGACAGGCAGCUGGAGAUGCUUUGCAGAUGGAGCCAGCUGGAGCCACGAGAGAGUGAGGAAGGGGCCUUUUGAGGAGGUGCCAUGACUGGCAGCUUGGCUUCACAUCUCCAAAACUAUUCUAGGUUGUGACUUUUUUUUCUAUUUGGUGAUUGAGAAAGCAAGAGGAUAAGGUCGAAAGAAAAAAGUGUACUCGAUGAACCGAGAUGGCUUUUACGGCUACCUGUAUGAGGGUGUGUUCCCCUCUGCAUAUUGUCGUUGUCCUUUUGAAAAGCAGGCGUCUCCAAAAUGUCACUAAAAAACCGUACGAUCAAGUCGGUACUGAGGCACAUACGUGUGCCAAUGUGUUUUUACUGCUGUGCAGCAUGUUGGUAUAUUUCGGGAAUGUUAAAUCUUUGUGAAAGUGGCAUUGAUUUUGUAAGGCUUUUUAAGCUGAAAGAUAUUACCAUAUUACUUGAUUUCUUUUGCUAGGUAUCAAAAAAAAUAAGACAACAUAAAAUAAUCUUCAUUUUAGAGAUGUUUCACUUGAUAUUGAGAUAGGCAUUUGAAUACCUUUAAAAGACACAUCUUGGAAGGGACAGCCAUUUAAAUAUCCCUCAUACCUGGCAGCUGAAUGAAUUACACGUGAAACACAGCGGUUGUAUCAGACGUCUUUUGUGGGUCUAUUU